AAACUAUUCAUCAUUAAUUUAGUACCGAUGGCUAUUGCCUAGAAAUUCCUUUCUUCUGGGGAAAAGGUUAUAUAGCUAGACGGACAUCACUAACACCCGCAUCUACGAUUCAUUGGGAUGAUUUUUGGAUGCUAACAAAAGACAAAAACAAAAUGCCGGUCACUGUUGCCAAUAGCAACAACGUGGACCAUGUUGAAGAGGAACGAUAUAGGCGGACCUCCUUUGGGUCGCUUUCGGCGGUCGACGAUGUCGUACGAAACCUGUUGCUACGACCAAACGACAUCAGGAAGUGCCAGGUGAACCCGUUAACGCACCGCGGGAAGCAGAUCCAGCUGGGCAAGAUGUUGUUGCUGGUCCUGGUCCCGAUUACAGCCCUGGCCAUCCUUGCGGUCCUGGAUCUAAAGAGUAUUGCUUACAAUAACAGUGUCGAUAUCGAGAUCCGUAACGUCAUCCGGUUCAGUCGGAACAUCGGCCUCCUCCUCAGCCGGUUGCAACGAGAGCGUGACAUGACCGCCCUCUACGUCAGCGUGAUUGCACCAAACAGCAAGGCAUUCCUGACAGAGACGUACCCCUUGACCGACAUAGCACUCGAUGAACUACAGGAGUGGCCGGUGGAAACCAGUAUUCUCAACGAGCUGCCCUUCUUUCGCGAGAAGAACGACUUCAAGGAAAAUCUGGAGCGACACCGCCAGCGUCUACACCACGAGAACACCACGGUGUAUAGAGAGAUCGAGUUCUACACCGACAUGCUACAGAUCUUCAUCGAUUGGCUGUACGAGAGCGUCGGGAACUCUCAGGGGCACGGCUCGUGGCAGAUCCUGGUCGCCUACCAGCUCCUCAUCGUCAGCAACGUCGAUACGGGCAUCGAAAGAACACUCGGUGCAGUAUUCUACACCCUCGGUGGUUUUGAGAGGCACGAGGAUUAUGUCUGGUACAUGGAAAAAUACAACGUGGGCUCCUGGAACUUUGCGGCAUCCAAGAGGUACUCCCCGCUCAUCCAGCAAUUCUACGAAAGAGAGAUGCGGAAUAUAGCAGACUUUGCCAAUUUUACGCUCACUAUUCUUGAUAUGAGGAAAGAGGUUCUAGAGAAUUCAGUUGAAAGUACCCAACCGAACUUCGAAAGUGCUACACUUUGGUUUGACAGUAUGACGGUCUAUAUCGACAUACUAGAGAAGGUUCAGAAGAAUAUGGCCGAUGAGAUCCUGGCCCGACUCGAGAAGGAGCUUGAGGACGACACUGAAAACAUCGCCGUCAGCAUCUUCCUCGUGGUCGUCGUCAUCAUCAUGUGUCCGCUCACCCUCCGGGCUAUUUGGUCAUUGACCACAGUCUUACAAAACUACGCCCUUACGCUGGCAACACAGACCAAGGAACUCAACAAGGAGAAGAAGCGAUCCACCUACCUCCUUAAUUCGAUGUUGCCGCCAUCGGUUGCUCUACGGUUGAUGAAUACGGAAGGCGUGAAUGGUGAACUAUACGAGUCAGCCUCGGUCAUGUUUGCCGACAUCGCCGGUUUCAGUCGGCUCUGCGGACGAAGCGCCCCGAUGGAGGUGGUUGAAAUGCUGAAUGGAUUGUACCUGCUAUUUGAUUCUCGGAUCGAGCUAUACGAUGUGUACAAGGUCGAAACGGUCAACGAAACAUAUAUGCUUGCAUCAGGCGUUCCAGAUCAUCAAGAUCGACACGUUUGUGAAAUUGCCACGGUGACCCUUGACCUCAGACAUCACGUGAACAUCCUGGAGGUGCCUCAUAAACCACACAUGAAGAUAAAAGUUCGUUUUGGAAUUCACACGGGCCCGUUGGUGGCUGGUGUGGUUGGACUGAAGAUGCCCCGAUACUGCCUGUUUGGAGACACAGUCAACACAGCGUCUAGGAUGCAGACUACGGGACUACCUGGUCAGAUCCACGUAAGUUACGACACUUACAUGGGACUGUUGGAGUGGGGUGGAUACAGCUUCGUCAAACGCGGCAUGAUAGACAUCAGGGGUAAAGGGACGAUGUACACGUACUGGUUGACUGGUCGAGAUGACUUUGAUAUGAUAGGUCUCGAUGUCUCGGCACGUGACCACAUGGGGAUCCAGGAGCAUCGCUACGCGCACAUGUACGAUCAAAUGUACAAAGGUCGUGUCCAGUUCGCGGGAAAGAACAUAUCCGAAUCUCCGACAAAUUUAUGAAAUUUACUUUCUGCUGGAGUUGGUCGGGACUAAAUUCAUGUUUUCGACGCGCGAUAACGGUUUUGAGAAUGCCAACUACUUGGAACUAGUAGACAGAUCUGUCAACCGCACCGAUUCCCCUCUCACACAUGCGCAAUGAUACUUUUCUCUGUCCUCUGUCUUUUAUCACGUUAAUAUUCAGACAAAAUAAAACAACGUAUAAUGUGAAAAAAUAAUGUGAGAAGUUUUAACACGUUGUGUAAGCCCGUCACUCUAAGAACAUGCUGUUUAAGCUUUUAAACAAUUGUUCAAAUUCUUUGACAUUGUUUAUCUUUUUAAAACAACUUUUCUAAAGUUUUAAAAAGCUCGUUCAUAUUGAUUAGUUUCGGUCAUUUUCGCUCAUUUAGUGUACGUAGCAGAUGAUGCAGCCUGCUAGUUUAUACUAUAUUUACAGACCCUAUUGUAAAUAAAAAUCGAUUCCGGACUCGAUACUACUAAAUAUCUGCCCUCUCAAACUGUAGCUAUAUUAUAAUUAUCAGUAGACAAAGUUUCAUAGUACAAGAACAUUGUUACUUUCAACAUUAAAUGUGUUAGUUAAUUUCAUUUGGAUUGUAUUAAUUGUUAAAAAAAAAGGAUAUAGGAACGGAAACUAUCAUACGUUAGUCACGUGACGUUG